CAGGGACACCAAGAUGGAAAUCCAGGGGCUUACUGAUGCCCAAAACACUCACUACCAACAUGGCGCCCCGCGUAAGUCAGGAUCACCUCCGCUGGGAACGGCGACGGGAAGUUGCGUUUCUAGCUUCGGUUCGAAAGAGAAUGGCAGCGGGGGCCGCCCGGCCCAGCGCGGGCUUCAGAGAGACAGCGACAGCAACAACAACAGGCGGCCGGGCUGCUCUCCGCCUUGUACGCUGGUGCAAAAUGGCAGCGUCGGCCUUCCGCGCCUGUGUCUCCAGCAGGACGGGCGCGACGACCCGCCGUCGCCCCGAGCGGCUGGAGUGGUCGAGCUACGGGAGUACGGGGAUUUGGAGCUCCCUGCUGACUUCGUGAAGGUGGAGCUGAAGUACAGCGGAGAGGAGAGCGAGGAGGACGGCGUGCUGCAAAUGGCGCUGCCUCUUUUCGAGGGGGAGGACGGAUACGGAGAGCAGAGACCGCAGGAGGAACAACUACAGCUGCAGCAGCGGCGGGAGGACACGGGCUGUAGGAACGGCAGCUUAAGCAAAUUUAACGUUAACUCUAACGCUAUCGUCUCUUUAUCGUCCUCCUUAUCCACGUCUACGUCGUUCACAGCCACUGCCUCCAGUAGCAGCAGCAGUAACAACAACAGUAGCGGCGGCAGCAGCAGCUCUGCUAGCGCCACCCCCAGCUCUAGCGCUAGCACGGCGGGCUCGUCUGGUGGGAAAGGCCGUGAGGAAUUUUACGUCGUGUUUAACAUCGUUCCGGACGAAAACGGCCUCGACAAAGAGCGACGGACGCGCCUGUGUAAAGUAAACGGAAGAAAAGCCCUGCUAGAGCCCUCUAAAUCAGCGUACGGGCAGCACGGUUUGUUCAUAGAAGCGGACGAAAAGGCCGUCACCCCCCCGGAUCUAGCGUUAGCAGCCGGGGCGAGCGGCUCUGCUGCAGCGGGGGGUCAGCGCGGGCUGUUCGAGGCCGAAAGCAAAGACAUGGCGCUGUCAGCCGGUGGUUCUGAAGAGGAAUGCAACGUUAACAUCAGCGACAAACUGCCCGAUGUGGUCAUGAUGAGCUGUGCUACUAAUUUAGGUUCAGGUGAUCAGGGCGAACUGAGCGAGGGGGAGUGUAAGAACCCCCCGGCCCCAGAGCCAGGGAGUGCCGGAGUGGCUGGGAGCAGUAACGCGAAAAGCCCGCAGUACGUGGCGGACUAUGCCCGGCUCACACCCGGUGAGAACGGCGACGCACACGACUCUUUCUCGGGCACGAUCACGAUCAACAACCAGAGCAUCAUCCUGACCAUCGAGAACGGCGUGUUGACCCUGGCCGCCCCUCCGGAGGGCUACGCGUACAAGGAGGACGGCAUGCUGAGCCUGAAGGAGCACCUUGGGAUGAAGGAGCACGAAGACUUCGUUCUGCUGAACUACGACGGCGGAACCAAGUCUAUAGGGAAGAUCAGCAGCGCUGCCGGGGCUGAUCGGGAGGAGCGCAGCGCCGGGCAGGCUAACAGCGACUCCGAGAUGACCCUGGAUGACCAGUGCGUCUUUCCAGAGCUGCCCGGGUCGGUACUGGACUGCUGCCCUUCGGUCAAACAGGAGGAAGCCGGUUUGUGUGAUGUGGAGGAAGCCAGCGCCUUGGGUCACUGUCCUAAAGAUUCCACUGUCGGGCUACAUGCUGGAUGUGAUGAUGAGAUGCAGCCCAUGGGCCUCGGGGGUCCAGGCUUGGCCAAGAAAGGAGCCUUAGUAACAUACCGCUGUCCUCACUCUGGAUGUUCCGAUGUGUUCGGCAGCCGGCAGAAGCUUAAAAUGCAUCUCGUUUUCCAUACAGAAGACCAGCGGCCCUUUAAAUGCACAGUGGAGGGCUGUGGCUGGUCCUUCACCACCUCAUACAAACUAAAGCGCCACCUGCAGUCCCACGACAAGGUUCGGCCGUACAAGUGCGAGUGGGAGAACUGUGGCCGCCGCUUUACCACUGUCUACAAUCUUAAAGCCCAUGUUAAGGCGCACGAUCAGGAAGACGCCUUUGUGUGUGAUAUUUGCAGCGAGAGGUUCCGCAGUGCCACACGGCUCGCCAAUCAUCAGAGGACACACUUCGAGCCUGAGCGGCCACACAAGUGUGAAUUCCCAGGAUGUGAGAAGGCCUUCAUCACCUUCAGUGCCCUGUUCUCCCACAACAGAACUCAUUUCAGGGAAACUGGUCAGUUCACAUGUACCUAUCCAGGCUGUGACAAGCGUUAUGACAAGGCCUGCCGCCUUAAAAUCCACCUCCGUAGUCACACGGGUGAGAGGCCGUUUGUCUGUGACUGGGAGUCUUGUGGUUGGACUUUCACUAGCAUGUCAAAGCUGUUGCGACACAAAAGGAAGCAUGAUGACGAUCGACGGUUUAUGUGCCCGGAGGAGGGCUGUGGAAAGUCCUUCACACGUGCAGAGCACUUGAAGGGCCACAGUAUCACCCACCUGGGCACAAAGCCUUUUGAGUGCAGAGUAGAAGGUUGUAAUGCAAAGUUCUCAGCACGUAGCAGCCUUUACAUUCACUCCAAGAAACACCGGCAGGAUGGGGUGUGUCUGAGGAGCAGAUGUCCCGUGGCUGGAUGCACCAAGCACUUCUCAUCCCGCAGCAGCCUAAAAAGCCACAUGCUUAAACAUCACAACCUUAGUGCAGAUGUGUUGAGUCAGCUGGAGAGUACGGCCACUCUGACGCCUAGCUGUGAGCUCACCAGCGCUGCUCAGACUGCUACCACCCCAGGCUCUGUGGGAGCAGAGCUCAGCAGUCUAGACCUCUCCUCACUUCUCUCUACUGUGCCCUCAGGGGCCCCCGCAGCAUCUGGUGGCCCCUCAGCCCCCUCAGGCCCAGCCUUUACCAUGGACAUGUCUCUAGUUGGUGCUGGUAUCCUGACCAUAGAUCCCACUUCAGUCAGCUCCUCUCUUGGAGGGGCAAAAACCGUGGACCCUCUUAUCUUGGCAGCGGGGGCAGACAUGGGUGCACAUGUGCUGGAUGCUGGAUUAGGACCCGGAGCAGGUGGAGGAGUCCUGCAGCAGGCCACUCUGCAUUUGGACGAUGUGCAGACUGUGAACCCAGAGGCAAUUGGAGCGUUAACUGCCCUGGCUAUCCAGAGCACCUCAUCAGCAGAACAGCUGCAAGCCCUGAGCUCCUCCAGUGCUUUAACAGCAGAGUCCCCUUCUUCCUCCCUGACCCCAUCACUUACCCCCUCGCUUUCUUCCUCACUGUCUUCGUCUCUAGCACCCUCACUCGCCUCUUCUCUUAUCCCAUCUCUCGCAUCCUCCACUGCUCUGGCAGGACCCCCAGUUCCAGAGCUGCUGUCUCCCCAGCCAAAAGCAGAUAUGGGGGGCAGUGAGGCGGCCGUGGGGCCUUUAAUUAGUGGGGUGGAGGUUCUGUCUCAGCCGGAGAACAGCAAGGGAAUGAGCCAGUUUGUGUUUCCCAGCCACAGUGCAGCUUAUGGUGGACAGAAAGAGUCGGAGCUGCCUUCGGUGACCACUUGUUCCUUUCUGGAGAGCAGUGGUUCUGCACGCACAGACUACAGAGCCAUUCAGCUGGCAAAAAGAAGGAAACAGAAAGGCCCUGCUGGAAACGCAAGCACUUCAGGGGCAUCUCAGAGGAAGGCUAAGGGGGCCAAAGGUUCCAGUGCAGCAGGGGCGUUGGCUUCCACAAGUGGCCGUUUUGGAGAAGGAGCUGCAGCAACCACGGGGGGCCUCACUAUUCGAGACCCGGUCACAGGAGCCCAGUAUGUGCAGAUUCAGCUCCUGCAGGAUGACCCAGCCACUGACGGAGACUUGGCUUUUCAGCUCAGCUCACAGACCUCGAGUUCUCAUUCUCAGUUAACAGUCGAUCUGCCCGUCAACAUCUUACAGGAGCCUUCUGCCAUGACUGAGGAUGAUAACGGAUCAGACAACUCACAGUUCACUGGCAGCACAAUCAAUCUACAGGACUUGGAGUGAUUGUUUAAUGGAGAUGCAUUAUGGGCCUCUGUUGGACUUUGUGGCUUUUUUUUUCCUUUGAGUUUGAGCCUCUCAGUCCACCCACUUCAAUGGAAUAACGAAGCACCAUUUAACACAUUUUAGCCAAGUUUCCUUUAUUUUAAGACAGUUUGUUUCUUUUACUCCUGAACAGUAAUUUAGGCAUGUGUGUAUUUGUGAUGGAGAGACCCUGUUAGGAGACUGCUAAGCAAAGAUUUUAGUGUUUACCACCCUCCAGUUAUUGAAGCACCAUCUACUUCUAAGAGUACUGUGAGGGUCCAGCAUUAACUGUUUGUGUUGAUGGCAUAAGUAUUUAUUAGUACCGCUCUGAGUGCUUCUCUCAAUGUGCUUCACAGAGGAAUAGUUAAAAAAAAAUGUUUCAGCUUUUGUUAAAAUUGCUUGUAUUUCAGGGCAAGGCUGUGUCUCACUCUAGGUAAAUAUUCUGAAAUAAGUCUGAAAAUUGUGAAAUAAUGUAAAGGUACUUUGGUUGCAAAGGUUUAUUGUUUGUGCAGUAAGGUACCUGCCAGAAAAAUGGCUGUAAGAAAUGCUGUUUCGCAGUCUUUCUAUUUGCCCUCCAGUUUUGCCAAGGCAACAGAGUCUACACAGAAUAACUUUGUGCAUUUUUUUUAUGUAAAACAAAGAUACAAUUGUUUGUCUUAUGUUUGUAAAUGAUAUUAAAAUAAAAAAUGGUGCUCUACUUUUUUUUAUAAAAAGUAAAACUGA